UGAUCUGAAGCUAUGUCAGCUCCUAUUUUUUUCUCACAUCUUCCAUUGGCCUUCUUAAUUUUCUAGUGAUGCAGAUAUCGAUCUGGUUCUCUGUAGCGUUAUCCGGUAAAACCCAUGUAGCUUUGUGUUUAUGGGGCGGGGAGAUGGUGUCACCUAUAAUCGUUUUUGUUGAAAGCGCGUAAAUUUGCAAAUUUCUCAUCAUUCCCUUUCUUUUCUCCUAAUCCGCGUCAUCUUAUGAUAUCUUUAUACUCGGUGUCGUCCAUUUCAACCAUUGCGUUUAGAUCCUCCAUCGGGAUGGUCAGAUCCUUUCCUGACCAUUUCUCUACUAUAGACUUCAGCCUCUCGUAAAACUGAUCGUUAUCGUCCUCGUUGCUAUCAUUGGGGGGUGCAUACCACUGGAUAAAACUUAUUGUGAUCUCUUCUCUCUUUGUUUUGAAGAUUGCUUUGAUGAUUCUGGAUCCGUGAGACUCUCAUUCUAUAAGUGUUUCUUAUAGUUCUUUAAGCGGCAGCAGUACAACUCCUUGUGUAUGCGAAGCAUUCUCUUCAUGACCAGAGAACAACAUCAUUUCUUAUUGAGUUAGCCUUUUUUGUCCAGCUUGCAUCCAAUGGGUUUCAUUUAUUAUAAGAGCCGCCAGAUUGUCCUCUUGUCUCCGCCGAUACUUGUACUGUCUUCCUGGUUUCCCACAGUGCGAACAUUCUAUAUACCUAUAUUAAUUGUUGCUCUGUCUGCCAGAAGGAGUAUCGACCUCGUGAUUUCCAAAGGAUCUCGGCUUCCAUUACGAAGUAUUGUAGCUCUUUUAAUUGAAUUUUUUUAAACUCCCAUGUUGGAGUUUAAAUAAUUCUACAGGACGUGGUCGCUAGCCUCAUGUCCAACUGUCCCCCUUUAUCCAGGCUUGGGACCGGCAUUAACCAUAGAAGGGCUGCUGUCGGAGCUUCAAACCAAAUAGUGAAGGCUAAACAUGGUUCUUCAUAACUAUGCUGCAGUAAGCGUUAUCUGUUCAUGUUCAAAAGUGACAUAGCGAAAUCUGAUCAUUUUGAACACUGAUUUCGAAGAUUUCCUGGUAAGUAAUAAUAUACGGAGCUUAGUUUGUUUAUUGAUAACCCUGAUACUAACAAAUCUAUGCAGUAUAUAAGGUAAUUUGAAUUAUCUGAUAAUAUUAUAUUGCAGUUAGGUAAGUUACUAAAAAUAUGUUGAUGCGAAUCAAAUGUUUCUUAAAUCAGUCAGAGAAAUUUGAAUAAUUUUAACUGCAAUAAUCAGAUUUUUAUAUCUUCUUAGCUACAGUUAUCUUUUUUAAGAUCUGAAAGAAAAAGAAAAAGAUCCUAUCACUAAGUCUUAGUAAUGAAUUUAGAUAACUCACUUUUGCUAACCCUCUCAAGUAUGCAGAAAUGUGUUCAUUAUUGAAAUCAGUUUCUUAUUACCAGAGGAUUCGUCAGCCAAUCAUUAUUCUCAUGGAGCACGACACACGUACAUAGGUUCAAGUUCUCGUACCACAUCACCCGAGAGAGAUGGAAUUAACAAGGUGAAUAGCAAAUGAACUGAAAUAAUAAUAGUACGAAUGGUAAUGAGAAAGAUUAAACAUUGUGGAAUAUAUUUUGAAAAGAAGAGAUGGAUUCAGUGAAUAGGAAAAUCUGAAGUAAUUUUGAAUCUCAAAUCUGCUUCACCCAACCUCAAGCAGGUUGGAGUUGUCUCACAGAUGCCAACCAAAUAGUCUGGGUCUACUAGUACAAAGCAGCCCAAUAUUUAUUGACUUCAUGAACUGAUACAAUGUUUUGAUUUCACUGACAAUAGCUUUCUGUCUACAUACCCCUAUCUCAGCCUGGAUUGCAAGUCAUGAUAGGGAGUGACUAAGGAUGAGUAAUACAUAUCCUAACCACCCUAAUCGUUGAAGAUCCGUAGCCUCAUUAAAUAAUUUGUCAUCUUUGCUCGAUAUCUUACGUCCAACCUCAGCAUUGCUCACUCAGUGGUCCCGACUUACGUGAAAAAUGCUUCAAAGACAACUAUGAUCAAAUAACAUUAACUUACUUAUAUCCCUUACUUUGAAAGUCCACGUUUCAUCAUUGUGAAGUAAAACAAAAUAGUGGAAUACUGCAACAUCUUUGCUGUUCAUUAUCCUCUAAACUCUCCGAAAUGCGUUGCCGAGCAAUAAGACAGAAAUAAUUUAUUACUGGCAUGUAAAUCAUAUCUGUACUAAAUUCUCGAAUUUAUUCUAUUUCUACUUACUAAGUAACUUAUUUUGUUCAAUGCCUAUAAGGUUAUUCAGAAUAGAAUGUUAAUAGUAAUAUGAAAAGAGACUGAAUAUUUUCUUACCACUGGUUAAAAAGCAGUUAAUGCUACUAUUGUUUCCAUGAUUGUCUUACUUUGAAUGAGCAUUAUACUGUUGAUGUUUGGAUUCCACAAUUCGAAACCUAACUCACCAUUCUUGUUGGAGAAAGUUAAUAUGGAUCAUAAGAGUAUACGAAUUUCACAUUUCUCACUUCAAGACUUAAGAAUAAAGAUCAAAUAUUGGAUUACAUCACAGUCAUACCUGUUCCCCUAUACUCUAAUCAAUCACGUUUCUGAGAUGUGUCUAAUUAGCAUAUGGUAUGGUUUUUCCUCACAAUGCUCAGUUUAGUCGGGUUGGGUCAUUUUCAUUAAAUGUUAAUUUCUAGCCUGUUUAGACCUGAAAAUCUAUAUUUAUAUUUGCCUAGAUUUUCUCUCUGUUUAUAAAUUCUUGAUUUAAAUAGUUUGCUCCUAUGUCUCUUGUCGGCCUGAAUCUUCCGAAAAUUCAGUCAGUUAUACAAGAAUUUGUAGAGCCAGUUCCUGAACUCCCCAAAACUAGUGAUGAACAUAUUUCAUCCAUGUGUAAACUCCCAACUCUCAGUACUUCACAACAAACUCCUGAAGAGGACGAAGCAGAAGAAUUAUUUGGAGAGAUUCAAGAUUGCUUUGAUGUCUCAGUGGGUCCAUGCUCUGAUCCUGAUCAAAUGUUAUUAACAAAAGAAAGCUUGGCUCGAAAUCCAGACAUCGAUCAUGAGCUCUGUCUUUCAAUGCGGAACUGCAUGAGUUCUGCUGCGUACAUAAAAAUGUCAGAAUCCAGGUGUGAACUCCCAGCAUACCAAUUCAAAGAAGAUAUUGUCUCAACUAUUCGAAAUAACCAAGUUGUUAUAAUAAGCGGUGAAACAGGUUGUGGGAAGACUACACAGGUUCCACAGUUUAUUUUGGAAGAUCAGGUCUUAGGUGGAAAUGGGUCUGUUACGCGUAUCAUUGUAACACAACCUCGGCGUAUAAGUGCUGUUUCGGUUGCUGAACGUGUAGCAACCGAAAGAGGACAAUCUAUAGGAUCUUCCGUUGGCUAUCAGGUCCGAUUAGAACGCCGAUAUCCUCAACGUCCUCAUGGAUCUAUCAUGUUUUGUACGACAGGAAUUAUUCUUCAAUGGUUUCGUUCUGAUCCACUUCUAAAGAAUAUCAGUCAUAUCAUUGUUGAUGAAGUACAUGAACGAGAAUUUUUAUGUGAUUUUCUAUUGUGUAUGCUAAAACGAAUUGCUCCUCUUCGUUCAGAUCUUCGAAUAGUUCUCAUGUCGGCAACAAUCAACGCAGAAAAAUUCGUUGAAUAUUUUGACAAUUGUCCUAAAUUUGAAAUUCCCGGUAGAACCUUCCCAGUGAAGACAUAUUAUUUAGAAGAUGUUUUGAGAGAAACUAAAUUUUGGUUGCCAAAUAAUGCUAUAACCGCUUUAUGCCGUGAUCAAUCACGUACAUUAAAACAGCGUCUUUUAAAAUCUAAUCUUUCAAAAAAAGAAGCUCGUUUAUUAUCUUAUGGAAAAAGCCCUGAAUUCAAUAAAUGGUUGCAUUCAUUAACAGGAUUAUCGUCCAAUGCAAUAGAAAUUUUACGUAGUGUUGGAGAAGAUACCUAUCCUCAAACCGAUCUUAUUGCACAUUCAGUUGAGCAUAUUUUACAGAAUACACAAUCGGGUGCAAUACUUGUUUUUGUUCCAGGUCUUGUCGACAUAAAAGAUGUAAUCAGAUGUUUGCGUGAAUUAAAUCCAAGACGAUAUGAUGAUCGUUAUGGAAGUGUUAGAAUUUAUCCAUUACACUCAAGAAUCCCCACGUCUAGAGAUCGCUCACUGUUCGAACCCUCACCAAAAAAUCAAAGAAAAGUGAUUAUAGCAACUAAUAUCGCUGAAACGAGCAUAACCAUUCAAGACGUAGUUUAUGUGAUUGAUUGUGGUCGUAUCAAAGUGACAGAUUAUGAUCCAAGACAAAACACGUCAACUUUAACUGCGAUCCUGGUUAGCAAAGCCAAUGCAGCUCAGCGUUCUGGAAGAGCUGGCCGUGUACAACCUGGCAUCUGUUAUCAUUUAUUCCCAAGUUAUGUAUACAAUAAUGUUAUGUCAGAUUUCCUACAACCGGAAAUGUUACGUGUCCGUUUAGAAGAUGUGAUUUUAAGAAUAAAAUUGCUAGGCCUUGGUCGCGUAAAGUCUUUCUUAAUCAAUUGUCUUGAUUCUCCUUCUGAAGAUGCUAUCUCAAAAACUUUAAUAUUUCUUAGACAAAUUCAAGCUCUGAAAUUAAUCAAAUCGGAAACAUCGAAUUUCAAUACAUCUCAUUCAAUAAAAUCUCAUGAAAAAAGUCAUAAAGUCAAUCGAAAGUUUCUUCGAGAAUUUUCAGAAGCUGUUAAAAAGGAUGUAAAUGCUUUUGGUAUAGAUUCUUUGGAUCCUAAUUGUAUCCAUUUAGAUUCAACAGAUGAAGAUGACGAUGAGUUAACUCCUCUUGGUGUACACUUAGCCAAUUUUCCACUGGAUCCACAAUGUGCUAAACUCUUAAUUUUCGGUGCAUUAUUUGGUUGUUUAGAACCAAUUUUAGCUGUCGCUUCGUGCUUAACAUUUCGUGAUCCAUUUGAAGUACCUUUAGAAAAACAACAAGAUGCUGACCGAUGUCGAAUAGAAUUGUCUCAGAAUUCUCUAAGCGACCAUUGGGUAUUUGCUACAGUUAUUCAAAGUUAUCAAGGACUUAAUUCACAAAUGGAACGUCAUCAAUUUUGUCGAAGAUAUUUUCUUAAUGAACGUACUAUAAAGGAUAUUAUUCGACUUAUGAAUGACUAUGCACAAUUGUUAUAUGAACGAAGGUAUAUUGCUACUCCAAAACCUAAUGAUUCGAAUGCAAACUGUAAUCAAUGGAAUAUCAAUCUUUUCCGAGCAAUAAUGUGUGCAGCAUUAUAUCCAAAUAUUGUAAAAGUGGAUCCAAGAUUUACUAAAGAAGGCAAACCUAAAGUACCAGUUAUUAUGGCUUGUCCAUCUGAGGGUAGAGCAAAUAUUCAUCCAUCGUCAGUAAAUAAUAAAAUUCAACCAACUGAGCCUAUAUGGAUGGUUUAUUUUACAAAAACUAAGCUUGAAUCAGGAUCUUAUCCAUCCAUAUUCGACUCAACUGUCAUAUCACUGAGACCUUUGUUAUUUUUCAGCGGUAAUAUAGAAGUAUCAAAGAAUGAUACAAGUCUUUUCACCAUUGAUCAAUGGAUUAAAUUCAGCGGGGAGUUAAAAGUAGUCAAUUUAUUGAAAGAUUUACGGAAAUGCAUGGAUGGACUGUUGGAACAGAAGUUUAAAAGUCCUAGCGUGGUUAACUGGGAUAGAACAAAUAAGGAAGGACGACUCCUUCAAACUAUUGUGGAUCUAUUAACAAGUGAACCCCCGCCAGCUGUUCAAGUUGAGAAAUUAAACUUAAAAACAUUCUCCCUAGGCAUCCAUAAAUAGUUAUUCGCACCACUGAUAACCCUGUAGAUAUAUGUUUUAACAAUUCUGUUUGAUAAUGACUUAAAAUAAAUCUUGUCUAUC